AUGUCCGAUAACCGCUUUCGCGCUUUAAUUAUUUUAUGUAUAUUUACUUUUUUAACUUUAUCUACCGCGUCUUCUGAUCAACAAUUCUGCAGUAUAGAUUCGAGGGAGUCCGGCUGUAAAAUACAGAACUGGCUUCAUAAGGAUGAUGUAACAGUUCUGACUGUAGCCACUGACGAAAACCAUGGCUUGGAACGAUACCUACGUUCAGCAAGGGUGUAUGAUAUUGAUGUGGAAGUGUUAGGAAAAGGGAAGACAUGGACAGGUGGUAAUAUGAACUAUGCAGGAGGAGGACAGAAAAUAAACAUCUUAAAGGAGAAGCUGGGAGAGCUGAUGAAGACUGAAGAUAAGGAUCAUAUUGUGUUGUUCACUGAUGGCUACGAUGUCAUGUUCCUGGGGAAUAUGGCCGAUAUCCUAGCGAAAUUCAAGGCGAUGCCGGACACACGCGUAUUGUUCGCCGCCGAGCCUUUCUGCUGGCCCGACGCAAAGCUCGCGUCCAUGUACCCUAACACCGAGGUGUCCAAUCCUUUCCUCAACUCUGGUGGAUUUAUUGGUUAUCUGCCGGAAAUCUAUGAAAUACUUAACGCGAAGGAGAUCAAAGAUAAGGACGACGACCAGCUGUAUUACACCAAGAUAUAUUUGGACAAGAAUAUGAGAGAGACUUUGAAGAUAUCAUUGGACCACAAAUCUGAAAUAUUCCAAAACCUUAAUGGUGCACUUUCCGAUGUUCAACUUCGCGCAAAUUCAACUGAGGAGUGGCCAUAUAUAGAGAAUGUAGCUACAAAGCAGAGGCCUCUGAUAGUUCACGGGAACGGACCAUCCAAGCUGACCCUGAACUAUCUUGGGAACUAUCUAGCCAAGUCCUGGUCGAUGAAUGAAGGCUGUACUCUUUGUGCUGAGAAGAGGAUUAAACUUAAGGAUGAUAACCUACCUACCGUCAUGAUGGCGGUGUUUAUCGAGCAAGCGACUCCGUUCCUUGAGGAGUUCUUCCAGCAACUUCUAGACAUCGAUUACCCGAAGAACAAGAUCCAACUCCUCGUCCGCAACUACGUCGAAUAUCACGAGGCUGAAGUGGACAGUUUCUACCAGAAACACUCCAAGGAUUACGCAACCGCGAAGAGGAUCAAACCAAGCGAUUUCAUAUCUGAAGCCGAAGCAAGGAAUAUUGCGAUGGAGCGUUGCGUCAAUAGCGUCUGCGACUACCUGUUCGCGAUCGAUAGCGUGGCCCGAGUUGAGAAACAGACCCUGCGCUAUCUGCUAUCGUCCGGAUAUGACGUUAUCGCUCCUCUUCUCGUGAGACCGGGCCAGGCCUGGUCGAACUUCUGGGGGGCCAUCAACUCGGCUGGCUUCUACGCCCGCUCCGCCGACUACAUGGACAUCGUUUACAAUUCAAUCAGGGGCAUAUGGAACGUACCCUUCAUCACCAACUGUUACCUGAUGAAGAUAGAGUUAUUCCGCACGCCGGCAGCCAAAAGUGUCACCUACUCCAAGGAAGAAGUCGACCCUGAUAUGGCCUUCUGCGCAAGUCUGCGGGAUCUCGGUAUCAUGAUGCAUGUCAGCAACGAGCGGGAACUUGGUCACCUGGUUAAUCCGGAGACCUUUGACAUCACGCGGACGCACCCGGAUGUUUACCAAGUCCUAGACAAUAAGCUGGAGUGGGAGAAACGAUACCUGCAUGUGGAUUACGCUGUUAACUUCGAGGAGGGACGCGAACAUCUUAUGCCAUGUCCCGACGUAUAUUGGUUCCCGAUGAUGUCGAUGCGCUUCUGCAAUGAGUGGAUAGCGAUCAUGGAGGCCUUCGGCCAGUGGAGCGACGGUUCGAAUAACGACAAGCGCCUAGAAAGCGGCUACGAGGCAGUUCCCACCCGUGAUAUUCACAUGAGCCAAGUUGGUCUGGAGCGUCAGUGGCUGCAUAUCCUGAAGGAGUACGUCCGUCCUCUACAGGAGAUGGUCUUCAUUGGCUACUACCAUAACCCACCGGUUUCCAUCAUGAACUUCGUGGUUCGAUACCGUCCCGACGAGCAGCCGUCGUUGAGGCCGCAUCACGAUUCGUCCACUUACACCAUCAACUUGGCUCUCAACACACCGCAUGUGGACUACGAAGGCGGUGGUUGCCAUUUCCUUCGCUACAACUGCUCGGUCCGGAAUACGAAGCCGGGUUGGCUUCUCAUGCACCCCGGCCGCCUUACACACUACCACGAGGGUCUGUUGGUCACGAACGGCACGCGUUACAUCAUGAUCUCCUUUGUUGAUCCGUGA